GAAAACAAACAGAUAAACAAACAACAAAAACCCAAAUCCGUUCAAUUCCACCCCAAAAUGUGGUGCCUGCAAUGCACCGCCGACCGGCGGAGGGGGCCGCUCCGGCAGCGACUGCUGCACGGUGUGGAUGGCGAAGUGCCGGGCAGCGACGUUGGAGUUCCCGUUCCCGACAGUCCCAGCCAUCCCCCCCCAUACCGUGGUUUACCUCAACCCACUCCCCAGAAUGCUGGGGGGGGUCCCGGUGGGGGUCCUGGUGGGGGUGGGGGGUCUCCGGCUGUGGCCUGGCCUCGGCUGCCCCCCCAACCUGCCAGCGUGGCGCUGCGCAAGCAGGAGGAGGAGGAGGAGAGCAAGAGGCCGAAGGCUCUGAGCGACAGCUAUGAGCUCUCCACCGAUCUACAGGAUAAGAAGGUGGAGAUGCUGGAGCGCAAAUAUGGCGGCUAUUUCCGCACGCGCCGCGCCGCCCGCACCAUCCAGGCCGCCUUCCGGCGUUACCGCAUGGCUCAGAAAUUCGAGCGGCUGCGCAGUGAGGGUGGCAGGGCCCGACGUUUGGCCCUGCCGGGUUUACGCCUCCAAUUCUCAUUCGAAGAAUACGACCGUGGCCCCCCAGCCCCUGGACCCCCCGGACCCCCUCCGCCGCCUCCCCCUUAUUUCCAAGGGAAACCCGCCUCGCUGGACGAGGGGGUUUUGGGGGGGCCGCGGAGGGCGCCUCGUUACGGGGGGUCUU